UGGGCGCUCCUAUCGCCCUAUAUAAAUUUAUUUAAGAAUCAUUUAAGAAGUUAGUCAGUCAUCAUGUCACUUGCGGGAACUUCGGAUGUUGAAAACGAAGGCGGUUCGGACUACCGAACAUCAGCAACCCGGCCGAGCGGCCUAAGGGUAGGCCUUACUGGAAGAUCUCCGAGCAACGGCGGCUUUAAGGCCAGCACGCGCCUUUCGCAAGACAAACUCGCACUAUGGGAUAAUUCGCCUUCGAAAAAUAGAAACCACCACGAUUCGGAUUCUGAUGUAUCAGAAACUGAUCACUUUCUAACGAAAGGAGCUUUCCUGUUAACACCAUCGCACGAUUUAUCGAUGGAUCGAGCAGCUGGAAUUUGUGAAAAAAUGAACUUUAGGGGAUGCUUCAGUCUAACAAAAACAGCAACCGGAAUCCUUUUCAAAUUUUCAGAUACUCAAGACUACCAAGCCGUUUUUAGAAAGGGAUUUCACAAAGUAACAGGAGCGCGAUUCUAUCGCAAAGUUCCCAUACCCUGUCGGCCUCAAAAAACAUUCACUUUGUAUGUUUUGGAUGUACCAGAAAAUUUACCAGAAGAAGAUGUUCGUCACUCAUUGUACAAAUUUUCUUCAGUGGUUGAAGUUGUGCGAUUGUACCCACAAGACACUAUUGGUGCUUGUAUGCCCUAA